AUGGCAGCCAAAUUUACCGCUGCCGACAAGACUCGGACGCCGGCGCUUACACAAUCUACUUCCAGACCUCGCUAUUUCUUCUUUUAUGGUUCGCUCAUGGACCCUGAGGUGUACCAGACCGUUACCAACAGCGCAGACCCGCCAGUAAUGCAAAAAGGUUGGAUCACUGGUUUCAGGAUGAAGAUGUGGGGGAUUUAUCCGGCUCUCGUGCCAGAGGCAGGGUCAAAGAUCACGGGGACAUUCUGCAUGGUGAACAGCCACGACCACUUCAUGGAUCUUCAGGAGUACGAGACAGGGAAUUACACGCCGUUCGAAUGCACGAUAUUCACGGAAGGCGCAGAUCAACUCGAUGACAGCCCAACCGAAGGUUGGGCUGGAAGUCCAGCCAGUAAGGAGUUGGAGGGUGGUGUCUUCGAUUUUGAGAGGUACCAAAAAUAUUUCAAGCCAUCUGUAGUCAGAGGAGGAUUUUAG